AAAUAAUCAGACUACUCAGAAAGUGCAAUCAGCAAAAAAGGGCAAUGUGGCAUGAUAAUGUCAUAGAAAAAAAACGAUACUUUGAGGAAUCGAUUCUAUCUCUUCUUUUAUCACAUUGUCGGGGGUCACAUAGGCAGUGCUAUUAUUUCCAAUAGCAGUGAAGGCAGCAUACAACGUCUACGGGCAGCGUGAGGCGGGUUUGGCCAGGCAAGGACACAGGGUUGGAAUGACAUUUGUGUUUGUGGAGGUGAAGAAACACCCCCAAUCAUCAGGUUAAGGUGGCAGUGUGUGUGUAUCUCUGCGGGAUCUUCUGUGCUAUUGCUGUGGCUGAUGGUCAGCUGGUAACUGGGGUUGCCCCUGCCCCUGUGGUGAAUGGCUGUGAGCAGAGGGGGCAUCGCCUUCUGGUUGGGUUGUGUCUGCAGCCAUGGCAGAAUGCAAGCCAUCAGAAAAUGGAGCUGGAGUCUCAAUCAGGGAGUCGACUGGCAGUGGAUCCGUCAGACACGCCCCCUGAGCAGUGCAUCAUGGGCCCUGGUACCCCCAAACAGCCUGCGAUAUCAGAGUAUUAAGCAGCCGUUGCUGUCUCACCCGUUCCACCAUGCCAGCCAGCCUCAAAGAGGAGUUUACUACGAGGAAGAGUGGGAGGAGUCUCUGAGCGUGUGUGUGCUGGUGCGACAGGGCGAGGCAGAUGGCCUCCAUACCCUGCUGGAGAUACCUCUGUUCGUUCACAAUAAACUAGGAGAGCUCCUCGCUCCAGGGGCUCACAAGUCCUCUGAGUUCUCUUUCCCGUUGACCACGGUGGAUGGCAGCAGAGAGGAUGACAUCAGCGUUGGCAGCUUCAAGAGAAACAGCAUUGAUUCUGUGAAGAGAGAGCAUGGUUGUUUCAGGAGCCUGUUUGAAGCAGAGAGAUGUCCAGCACCGUUUAUGUAUGGCUCUCAGUUUUUUUGUUUUCAUUGCCCUGGCACAGAGCCGGUAGCUGGCAGUGGGCUGAAAUAUAGGACGGACAUUGGACAUGGGACCAAGCCUGUGGAGUUGCCUGUGCUGCCUCCCACCUCUCUGUGUAGUCAUGCAGAGAGAGCAGGGGGGCGAAAUACUGAAAGAGACAGUGAAGAAGAGGAGAAACUGGCCCUGAUGUAUGAAAGACUGAGGAUAGAGCUUCCAAGUUUCUUUAUAAAGAACCAUGAUUACACCAUGUACUCAAAUGAUGUGGAGUUCAUCAACGGCCUCCUGAAUACCAAGACCAGAGGCCGGAUGGUGUACCAGCUCAGCCUCUCGCUGUGGCGCCUCCUGUGUCUGUGUUAUUAUGCCAAGGCUCGGCUUGAGGUCCUGAAGCUCACCAAGCACGUGGAGGACGGCACCAUUAAGGCUCGCUGGAGGAUCCAUGGCCUUCCCUUCUACUCUCUGCUUUUGCGCUUCUAUCGCAAAGACAAGUCUUUACUGUACAGGUCAUAUGAUGCAUUCUCUACUUUUUACAUUGGACAUGAUGGACUCAUUCACUGUCAUAAAGUUGAAAAGGUGAUGCCGGAUCAGCCCCCUGUCCUGCCCAGAGUAACUUCACUACUGGCGGGAGCCCUGGUGGCGCUGGGAGUGCAGGAACAUCGACCUGCUCUCAACCUGCUGCCCUUCCUCCUGUCCUCACUGCGACAGAGCAGAAACUGAGUCCAGGAUGAACAUCACAGGAACAUGUACGUGCAUGCGUGCCCACCCACCCACCAUCUAUGUUGUUGCAAUUUGGGAUAAACGAAAUCCAGCAAAACACGUAUAUUGAGGCAAACCCAAAGCUUUCCAAAUAAACUUCAAUUCAACAUAAAUCAUUUCAAAUGUUUUAUUUUCUCUGACUCAAGGUAAACUAGAGCCUCCUAGAUAAGGUAUUGUAGCUAACUGCAUAGAAAAUGUUCCAGGCAAAGUACUGUUUACUAAACUAGCUGUCUAUUCACUGCUGCAUCCUGCUUUAUUUUUUGUGACAAACUGGUGUGUACAAUUGAAUAGGCAAACCAACACGCUAAAGCAACACAAUUUAGUGUUGGGCUUGUAGUGUGUACAGCAAAGUAGUAGUAAACAACCCUUUCAGUUUGAAGCCUGGCUCCUUCCAGGGUUAGACACCACCCACCAACACCUCCAAAGUUCACUAAUUUAAUUAUAAUAAGUUAGUAAGAAUAAUUGCAUUUCCCAAAAUGUUGAGUAAGAAUACCUUUUACAAGUAGGAAAUGUAGUAAGUAUGGCCUUCUUGACUGUAAACACCGCAAAGUUCACAGUUAGCUCUGGCUCAACGAGCCAGAGAGUGUGCAGCGGUGGUGGAGCAUGCUAGAGAGUGAGAGAAGAGAGGGGAAAAGCAUUGAUCAGAGCAAUAAAAUACUUUCUCAUUGUUUAACAGCGAUUAUGUUCAAAAUCACAAAUAAACACACCCACUCCUCCGCGGUAAGGUGCAACAUUGUCUGAUUCUGAGUGAAUCUGUCUGUUGUCUUUUCUGUGUGUCUGUGUCAGUUAGACAUUUGCUUUGGUAUGAGACGCUGUUGAGCAAAGCAACGGGCUGCAUGGCUGCUCACCCUGCAUGGAGGUUACACACAUGUGGUGUCCCGAACACAGCAAAAGAAAAGAGAAAAUCCAGGCAGAGAGCAGAGUUUCUGCAAAUACAGACUGCAAAACACACUUCUAGUGGGUCAUAAGUUUGGGGCAGCAACUAAUCCUGCGCAGUGCUGUAAGGUCUGGCAACAUGAGUAUACACUCUUGGAUAGGAAAAAAUGUUGUGUGUUAGCAUUUUGUUUAAACCAAUCACAAUUGUAGCUAAGCUCCAGAUGCAGCAUUGGUGGCUCUGCUAUAGUCUCAAGAAGGAACUUGUUUUGGUGGAACAUUUGUACCCGGCUAAAGAAAACACCACAUAAAAUAUUAUAUGAAGUUAACUCUUGACACAGUACAGUAAUGUGAGCUAUUUAAAUUAGCUGACUACAUGGUUAAACCUCAUUAUCUCUUACCAGUGUAUCUCCUAGUGUCCACAGCAAUCCCACAAAUUGGUCCCAAAACGUCCCAGUAAGAGAGUAAAUGUCCUAAACAUAUUCUUUGUAAAUCUUGAUAAUCAUUCCUCAAAAUAACCAAGAAGGCCUGCCUUCUUGCACCAUCUAAAUUUUUCUAGCAAUUUUACCAUUUUCAGCAUGUAAUGUUGCUCAGAGUUUUCUUAAUGUAUUUUUUGGGAAUUUAAAGGUAACACAAAGAAAAUUGAAAGUGAGGGACAUCUGGUGAACCUUCCAGCGGCACCGGAACUAUCCGGUAAAUGAACCGUUGCCAACUAGUCUGCAGCCAGUGGUUAUUUUUAUGGUGGAUUAAUGUGUGGAUUAUGUGGAUUUUCUAGAAAAUAUUCACAUUUAAGAAGCUGCAAUCAGAUUGUCUCAAAAUAAAAUAGUUGAACAUUUAAUGUUGAUUAGUUUAAUAGUUGACAACUAAUUGAUUCAUCUUAGCAGCUCUACAUAACUGAAGAUUGAGAGAAUUUUUUGUGUGUUUACCUAUACAGUCUUUUUCAAGAAAGAGCUGCAUAUUACACCUUUUUAAAUACCAGAUUUCAUUAUCACAGGGGCUUCAUGCGGAUCAGCCAUCUCCAACCUGAGUCUGGUCCCAGGGACCAGCAACUCAGGGAUUUACCAGUUUUCAUGUACUUGAAACUAGCCCAUUGCGAAUUAGAGUGAGAGAAGAAACUUGCCAGAGUGAGAUUUCUAGUCAUUCCUUCCAUGUAGCGUUCCUAGCACCUUGUGAAAAAUUUAUUUUUACUCUUUAUUAAAGAAACUAUUAAGUCCCAAACCCCCCAGGUAACGGCCUUUUCUCUCCGUGGAGGUCAGGUGGAAGGUAGCCGAGACCCCUCUCCUACCCCCAUGGUCCGUGUCCACCGGCAGACGUCACAUUUAGCUUCCCAGUAUACAUAAGCAGAGAGAAGGGGCGUCAAGUUGCACGCUCUUCAUUUGCUUAAAGUUGAGGUCCGGGCUACUUUAUGCGAAUUAGGAGCAUGCAUGUCCAUAUAUUUCAAAAUGUGAUCUGUACAGGUCUCCAGAUUAGAGAUGUUAUUUUAUAUAUUUUACGUGAUAAGAUAUAUUCGGAUUUUCCACACUGAGACAGCUGCAGACUUGAACUGAUCGCACAGCCACAGUGUUGCGUUGCUUGCUUAGUCAUUUCCUGGUCUCUGUCGUUUUUAUCGAACAUUUCUCAAACAGGAGGACAUGCAAUUGUUGGGAUUAUUUUCAGUAAUGAAGAGACAUGUCAGCCAGUGUGGCUCAUUAAUGUGUUUUAAACAAACGUUGAGCUCUGUGGCGCAGAGGAAGAAGAUCCAGGCUUUGAAUACACAUGCAAUACUCGUUAGUAGGACAGAUAGUGGCUCAAUCCCAAAGUCCGGACUCAGACUCACAGACUUUGGUGCGCUUUCUCACGAAAUUUGUAAAGGUUGUCCCAAUAUCGAAUUUCAAAGGGCGUGAGGGUUUGAGUACACACUUAUCCUUUCCGUGAGUCUGCAUCAAUGCAGACUUCACCACAGUUCAAAGUGCUGUGGCGUUUACCAUGGAGACCAUAAGGAAAUUCAGACAUUACAAAGGUGACCAUGGAAUAGAAUGGACCUGUUAUCCAGCUUGUAAAACAAGAAUUUGAAAACAUUUGGAAUCGGCCAGCCGUCUUUGGUUGGCCGUGUGGAAAGCAACAAACUUAAAAUGAACAUACCCAAACCGGCAAGUGUCAGCAACAUCUUUGUUAUUGAACGUUGCCAAGGUAAUGUGAUCUUAUGAAGUACUGUCCCAAUCCCAUUUAUACCUAUCUGAGCCCAUGUGGCCUCACACAUUAACUCCCAUAGCACCUGAGAUCAGUUAAGUUUGUGAGUCUUUAGUCCUUAGUCCUCAGGGCUCACUUUGGGAUUGAGCCACUAUGUUUUUGGUUUGGCGCUGCACAUGAAAUCUAUUGACAUGAAUAAUAUAUUAUUUAUAAAUAUAUAAUAUUGCCACAAUUUUUCUUAAACCAUUAACCACCCAUGCAAUGCGAACGCUUCAUAGAACUUUAAAAAAACUGCUAGCUCGUACUAUGAAUUACAUGAUUAUGAAUAUGUAAUGUGUAUUGAUAGUUUACACUCAGUCUUUGUGAUCCUUUCCAAAAACCUGUUGUAAAAAAAAUCCAGGUACCAAUCACGAAAGUAUACAACUGAAACUUA